AUGUCAUUACCACAAAAGAAAUUUUAUCGUCAACGUGCUCAUUCGAAUCCAUUAUCGGAUCAUUCGAUUGAUUAUCCUGUUCGACCUGAUGCUAUGGAUUGGUCAUCACAUUAUCCAUCAGUAAUAAAAUCUUCUGAACAAUCACCUGAUCAUGAAUCUUCCGUUUCUAAUAAACGACGUAAAGUUGAAAAUCCAUUAAUUGAAUUUGUCGAUAUUGGUUGUGGUUAUGGUGGGUUACUUGUUGCACUUGCACCUUUAUUUCCAGAUAAAUUAAUGCUUGGAAUGGAAUUACGUGUUAAAGUACUUGAUUAUGUUCUUGAUCGUAUUCGUGCUCUACGUGAACAAUAUCCUGGACAAUAUACAAAUAUAAGUUGUUUACGAACAAAUGCAAUGAAAUAUUUACCAACUUAUUUUCAAAAAGGUCAAUUAAGUAAAAUGUUUUUUCUUUAUCCUGAUCCACAUUUUAAAAAAGCUAAACAUAAAUGGAGAAUUAUUAAUAAACAAUUACUUGCUGAAUAUGCUUAUUUAUUACGUGUUGAUGGUUUAGUUUAUACAUGUACAGAUGUAUUAGAUUUACAUCAAUGGAUGUGUUCAUGUUUUGAUGAAUUUCCAUUAUUUGAACGAAUCGAUAACGAUGAUCCAGUACUUAAAAAUGAUCCAUGUAUUGAACAUGUUGUUGGUUCAACGGAAGAAGGAAAGAAGGUCGAACGAAAUAAAGGUGAUAAAUAUUUGGCUGUGUUUAGACGAAUUGAAGAUCCAUAUAUAACUAAAUCUUCUGAUUCAUAG